GCACUCGAUUAUUAGCAUCAGCAUCAGCACUAAAGUUUUUCCACCUCAACUCCCAGUCUUCUUCCUACACUUUCUACCCCCAUCACAUCAUUUUCAAAGGAAACAAAAAUCCCAUGCAUAGGCUGCAUGUCUCUCCUUCGCUUCUGGCUCAGUACGUCGUUUGCGCCGAAACCUACCUAUCCUGGAUCUGUGCUGUCCCUGCGAAAAGCACAAUCUUUUUUGGUUUUUGGUGUGGGAGUUGUUACAUGUCCUGAAAAUCCAUCUUUUUGAACAAAAGAACGACGAAGAUCGACAAUGUGGUCUGCUCUGUUCUUCUCCGCACAAUCCAAAACCGAGACUGAAGCUGAAAAUGAAACUCGAAAACUUCACAGGGCUCAACACAUGGCUUCUCUCUUGUGUUCUGCUUCACUUUGUGUUUGUAGGACGAGCUUGGGAACUUUCUCUCUCUUCCAUCCUGUUAAUCCGGCCCCUAAAAAAAGCAUUUGUCAAGUCUCUAUGUUGUUUUCCGCUGAAAUGGGUAUAAUUGACUACUCAUGUUGUCUUCCUGUUUCUCUGUUCUCUGGAUCGAUAUCUAAAACAACGGCGAUCUUGACCAUGUCUGGUCUGCAUCACGAUUCUCGCAUACAUGGUCGGAAUAACGUUGGUUGAAAACAGGUAUUACACCAACGUAUGUGGCGGUCUACUUUCGUUACUAUACUAU